CAGCCUCUCGAUAGAAGCGAAUCGGGAGAUUAGGAUCUGCAUUUUCUUCGUUCUCCAGUAGAGUUAACUAUUCCAUCCCUGCUGGAUAGAAAGACGCACCUCGAUGAGGCAGCAGAUCCUAAAGCUGGUCACGGGGUUCCUCGUGGUCCAGCUGCUGCUGCUAUCAAAUCAAGUAAACGCUGUGAAAAAUCGACCAAGAAAGCAACGGUCCAGGUCAGAAAAACCGCAAGCGCAACAACCUGAUAGCGAUUACAAUUACGAUUAUUACGAAAACUAUGACUAUGAAGAAAAAAACGAGACCACAACAACAUUGUCACCUCUUGUAGUACCAUCAUCUAGCAUACGAAUUUCGGGAUGGUCCGAAUCACCGAUAGAAAGUACAGCAUCCUCAUACAGACCAGAAAAACCUACAGAUUUGCCAGCUCCAACGACAACUUUAUUUUAUGAUCGUGAUUUAGAACAGACUAAUGUCACAUCUGAGCAGAAUCAUUUAGUUUCGUCCACGGAAAUUUUACCGGGUGAAAGUAAUUUAUACAAUUCUGUGGCUGGUCCACGAGGUGAACCUGGUCGACCUGGAGAUGCUGGUCGUCCGGGUGAUGUAGGAUAUCCUGGACAACCUGGAAGUCCUGGAAUUCCAGGACCACCUGGUCCUCCAGGAAAUGUACCUGAUGUAUCUCUAUAUUAUCAACAAUUGGCUUUGUCUCAAGCGAAUCAAGAUAAAGGCCCAACAGGUGCAGCUGCUCCAUUGUAUGGACCAGAAGCAUAUCCUUAUAUUCAAGCACAAGUAGGUCCAAUAGGCCCGCGAGGUCAUCCAGGUCCACCUGGUGCUCCAGGUCCUCAAGGUUUCCAAGGUACACGCGGUGAAGCUGGUGAGCCGGGAUCUCCAGGUUCUCCUGGUGCGCCAGGUUCUCGAGGUUUACCAGGAUUACCCGGAAAAGAUGGUAUCAAUGGAGAAGAUGGUGAAAUCGGUUCACCAGGAUCACCUGGUCCCGCUGGACUGCGUGGUCUUCCCGGAAUGCCAGGGCUUCCAGGAAUAAAAGGUCAUCGUGGUUUUCCGGGUUUAGACGGAGCAAAAGGUGAGCAAGGAGUUUCUGGUGAAAAAGGAUCUACAGGCGCACCAGGACCAAUGGGCCCGAUAGGUCCAAUGGGCCCAGCAGGACCACGUGGUGAGAGAGGUAGAGAAGGUUCAUCUGGCCCUCCUGGUUUGAGAGGUCCUGAUGGAAUUAUUGGACCACCCGGGCAACCCGGUGCUGUGGGUAAACCUGGCCCACCAGGAUUUCCAGGUAUUCCUGGAUCUAAAGGUGAUCAAGGAUCACAAGGACCGAAAGGAAGUCAAGGUUUACAAGGCCCGCGAGGCGAAAGUGGCCGCCCAGGACAGCCUGGCGAAACAGGUCCGCAGGGUGCUCAAGGCAAAGAUGGGAGUCCUGGCGAGAAAGGAGCUACGGGAGCGAUAGGACCUGUUGGUUUACCUGGAUUUCCGGGUCCUCGAGGUCAACUCGGAGAAUCAGGCAACCCUGGUAUUCCUGGAGCCAAAGGAGCAUCUGGUCUUCCUGGGGAAAGAGGUUUUAAAGGUGACUCCGGCGUGAAAGGUGAUACAGGAAUGCCUGGUCCACGUGGACUUCCGGGAGCUCCUGGGAAUGAAGGCAAGAGAGGCAAAAGAGGAAUGCGUGGACCGAUUGGCGCCACAGGACCUCCUGGAGAACGCGGUGCGCCUGGAAUGCGUGGACUUCCUGGUCCAGAUGGUCCUGUCGGACCUCAAGGGCAAAUUGGUGAUCGUGGUCCAGUAGGAGCUAUUGGGCCGAAAGGAGCCGUUGGAGAUCUUGGGCGACCUGGGCCACCAGGAUUACAAGGUUUGCGCGGUUUGAUGGGUAGACCAGGAGCUUCUGGAAAACCAGGCAAUCCUGGCGAACGUGGAAUUCAAGGUGCAGAUGGUAAAUCCGGAGAACAAGGUCCACCUGGAUCACAAGGUCUGCCAGGACCAUUAGGGGCGCCAGGAGAGAGAGGCUAUCCCGGAGAACCUGGAAAAGAUGGUGAGCCUGGUAACCCGGGAUCGCCCGGUCCAAGAGGAGAUACUGGUAAAGAAGGACCUCCGGGAAUACAAGGUCCACCAGGUCCAGCAGGAAACGACGGUGCGCGUGGUUCUCCAGGGUCAGUUGGACCCAGAGGUUUUCAAGGUGUCCCAGGUGCCACCGGUAAUCCAGGUGUUCCAGGUAAGGAUGGAGAAGCAGGGAUACAAGGACCUCCUGGUUCACCAGGACCAAUCGGCAACAGAGGCGAGCGAGGAAUUCCGGGAGAAAGAGGAUUCAUGGGAUUUCCAGGACCUAUGGGUCCGAAAGGAGAAACUGGAACUCAAGGCGCUGAUGGUUUAACUGGCUUACCAGGACUUAAAGGAGAAAGAGGAAGUACCGGUGCACCGGGAUUGUUAGGACUUCCUGGUGCGAGAGGAUUACCCGGAGAACCUGGACAAAAAGGAGAAAGAGGAGCGCUCGGACCUGUGGGUCCUGAAGGUCCACCAGGACAUAUUGGAGAACGCGGUUUACAAGGAGAAAUUGGACCUCCCGGACCUCCUGGAGAACCAGCGGAACGAGGUGAUCCGGGUCCACCUGGUUUUAUUGGCGAGCCAGGAGCAGCUGGCAAGCCAGGGGAUACAGGUCCUCAAGGAUUGCAAGGCUUACCGGGUUUCCCAGGCCAACAAGGAUUAAUUGGACUUCCUGGUUUAAAGGGUGAUCGUGGAUAUCCGGGUUUAAAGGGAGAGCAAGGAAAUCCGGGGCUAUCUGGCAGUCCUGGCGAAGCUGGAUCACCUGGACUUAUUGGACUUACCGGUGCUAAAGGAAUUAGAGGUGAAUCGGGUGCGCGAGGUGAACCUGGCUUGAUGGGACCACCUGGUAUUCCGGGACAUGUUGGUCCAGCGGGUUCACCAGGGAAUAUAGGAUCACCUGGUGCUCCAGGAUUGCCUGGUGCCAAGGGUGACGCGGGCGAUCUUGGACGUCCUGGAAAUCCAGGUCCGAUUGGCAAUCCUGGUCUACCCGGAAUGGAUGGAAAUAAAGGUGAAAGUGGAUCUCCAGGUCCUCAAGGACUGGACGGUCUUCAGGGACCUCAAGGUUUAUCCGGUGAGAGAGGCUUACCAGGCCUACCCGGCUCUCCCGGUUCUAUAGGAAAUAGAGGAUUACAUGGAGCUCCCGGUGAAACAGGACAACCCGGAAAACCAGGUACAGAAGGUCCACCUGGAUCUCCUGGAUUAGUAGGCCCUCCUGGCUCGCCUGGUCAUGUAGGAGAGAUAGGACCAGAAGGACCAAUUGGAAAACCAGGACCACCAGGAAUAGGUGGUCGACCUGGUGAUAAGGGACCACCCGGAAUACCUGGUGCAGCAGGUCCAUCUGGCCCACCCGGACUACCAGGACCACUUGGACCUACAGGACCUACUGGAUUAGCUGGAGAACGUGGCCCGAAAGGCGAAGCGGGACCGCAAGGAGUAGAAGGUCCACAGGGUCCCCGAGGAAAACCCGGUCCGAUAGGUCUCGAGGGUACAAAGGGCGAUCGCGGAGAAGAGGGACCGAAAGGAGCGAAAGGACAUCGCGGAUUCAACGGUUUGCAAGGAUUGCCCGGAUCUCCUGGUUUACCAGGUGAGAAAGGUAUGCCUGGUCUAUCAGGACUCUCCGGCAAAGACGGGGAGCCAGGUAUUAGAGGUAGUCCUGGACGAGAAGGUAACCCAGGACUUAUUGGGCCUGCGGGAAAUCCUGGACCAAGGGGUCCACCUGGAGAAGAAGGUCGUCAUGGCUCUCCAGGUCUUCCAGGACCUCCCGGACCGCCCGGUCCUCCUGGAGAAAUUGGUUUUGGUUACGAUACCGCAGCUCUAGCAGCAUUUAUAGGACAAGGUCAAACUGAAGGACCAGAUCCACUCGGUGAUGAACCAUCGAGAAUAUUUAGUAAAGAUAUUACUGAAAAAGAACGAAGAGAAUUGCUUAUAAAAGCAUAUGAAAAUCUAAAGUCAUCAUUCCACAAAUUGAUGAAGCCAGAUGGUGAAAAAAAUUCGCCGGCCAAAACCUGUCGAGAUCUAUUCGUUGCCUAUCCGGAGAAAUUAUCUGGCAAAUAUUGGAUCGAUCCAAACGAAGGAGAUGUCCGAGAUGCAAUUUUAGUAUACUGUGAUGCUGAGAAACAUGCAACUUGCAUUUUACCGAGUCCCGUCCAUUCACCAGAAAUCACUCACAUCACUGAUCAACAGGAGACCUGGUUGAGUGAGAUAGACGACGGCAUGAAGAUUACAUACAAAGCGGAUAACAAUCAAAUCAAUUUCUUGCAAUUGCUCUCGAAACAUGCGCAACAGAAUAUUACGUAUCAUUGUAAAAACAGCGUCGCUUACUUUGAUUACGAGCGAAAAACAUACAGAAGGGGUUUAAAGCUUUUAGCUUGGAACGAUGUUGAAUUGACACCACGUGGCAAUCAGCGUCUUACAUAUGAGAUGAUAACAGAUGAAUGCAGGCUUUAUCAAAACCAUUGGGGUAAAACUGUGAUUUCAUAUGAGACGGACAAGCCUAUAAGACUCCCUAUCUUAGACGUGGCUUUACGAGAUAUCGGGAAACCUGAACAAAGCUUCUCCGUUGAGAUCGGUGCGGCUUGUUAUCAAUAAUAUAAAGUACAAGAUAUGAUAUAAUAUUACGACUGUUAUUUUUCUGCCUACUUAUUGAACUAUUCGUCAUUUUCCAUUGUAUAAGGAAAUGAUGUGUUCCAAUAUACCUUAAGGAAAUGAGAUGACUAUACAUUAAAAUUAGAUUCUUUACAAUAAAAUUAGCAAUUAAACAUUAUAUUUAACUUAAUCUGUUUAGUGAUGGCUUAUAUUGUGUAUAUCGUUUUCUUACACAAGUUCUCGAAUAAUGGAAAUAAUCUAAAAAUACUUAACAGAAUUAUGUCUAUUAUAAGUGAACUAUAUUACACCUCUUAUAUUCUAAGUGCGAUUAAUUGAAAAAAAAAAUUGUGAUAUCUAAAGAUCAAUAUUACUCAAACAAAAACGUUAUCGAAGUACUUAUAUUAUCCAUGACAAACAUCAAAUAUCUGAAUCUAUCCAGGUAUGAAAAAAUUACGCAUUACGGAUUU